AUGACCACGUCGUCUGUCCGCAACAUCGUGUCGUUCGAGGAUCGAGCAACGGCUAGUCAAGCCAAACCUCGUGACAACCUCCUAGUAAUCGAACUUACGAUUCAGGACAUCGACGUAGCAAGAAUAUUGGUCGACACCGGAUGCUCGGCUAAUGUUAUCUAUAAGAGCACCCUCGAGAGAAUGGGGAUCGAUCUAAACACUAUUACAGACGAUCCCAGUCUAGUAGUUGGACUCUCGGGAAACAAUACAAUGACCCUUGGCUCGAUUGAUCUCUCAGUCAAAACUGGGAGCGUCACCAAAAAUGUGGAAUUCCUGGUGGUCGACGGUCCGACAGCAUAUAACGUGAUCGUCGGAACUCCAUGGUUGAAUUCUAUGCGAGCGAUCCCCUCAACAUUCCACCUGUGCCUCAAGUUUCCGACACCUUCUGGGGUCGAAACAAUACAAGGGGAUCGGGGAAGUAUCGCAAACUCCCCGGAGAUCUUCCGGCAGUCGCAAAGAGCUGAAUCCCUAGAAGGGAAGCGUGAACCUACCUGCGAGCCGGUAGUCUCGAUCUACCUCGACGAGUCCUACCCAGAGCGAUGCGUCGAAAUUGGAGCCAAUCUCCGCGAACCGCUAAAAGCAGAGCUCAUAGCGUGUCUCCAGAAUAACCUCAAUACGUUCGAUUGGACCGCGGAAGAUAUGCCGGGAAUCGACAUCAGCAUAACAUGUCACAAACUUAACAUCGACCAGACUCACAAACCCGUCAAACAAAAGAGACAAAAGCUGGGACCCGAACGUGCCACUGCGGUUAAUGAGGAAGUCGAAAAGCUCCUCAAAGUGAGGUCGAUAACAGAAGUUAAAUAUCCCGACUGGAUUGCCAAUCCCAUCGUAGUCAAAAAGAAAAACGGCAAGUGGCGAGUAUGCGUCGACUUUACCUAUCUCAAUAAGGCAUGCCCAAAGGACUGUUUUCCGCUUCCGCAUAUCGACCGACCAGUCGAAGCAACCGCGGGGAACAAGCGCUUGUCAUUCAUGGACGCUUUCUCUGGUUACAAUCAGAUCAUGAUGAACCCCGACGAUCGCGAAAAACUGCAUUUAUCACCAAUCGCGGAACAUAUUGCUACAAGGUUCGCGGUAGCAUCGGGAGAGUUCCUCGGUUACCUCGUAGCAUUCCGUGGGAUAGAGGCCAAUCCAAAACAAAUCGACGCACUGAUAGAAAUGGUCUCCCCGAGAACCAAACGAGAAAUCCUAAGAUUAACCGGAAGAGUCACGGCCUUGAAUUGUUUCAUCUCGCGCUCCACCGAUUAG